CGUUUACGUAUCCUGUCGCCAUCUGUUGAAUAAAAUUUAAAUUAUUUAUUUCAGCACGUGAUCGAUACAUGAUGAAAGUAUAGUGUUACCGAAAUCUAUCUAUAUCUGUAUACUUUAAUACGGUAUUGUGAAAUUAUGGAAGGUGACGUUUCUGCUAACGAAAUCGAUAUUAAUACUUUUAACCAUCCUGUGAGGAUAACUGUAACCAAUCCUCAGAAAAUUGGAUCUUUUAUUACUUCUUAUGUCACUUAUCGCAUCACUACUACAUCAAAUGUGAAUAAUAACCAAACCACUUCUGUGACUAGAAGAUUUAACGAUUUUAUGCUACUUUAUCAAAAAUUACAUUACAAAUAUGCUCACGUUGGACGUAUAAUCCCUCCUCCUCCAGAGAAAGAUUUUGGUGGUAUGUUAUCUGUUAUGAUCAAAAAUGAAGCCGAGAUAUCACGAAUGGAAUUUAUCGAAAUUCGAAGAGCAGCAUUAGAAAGAUUUCUAUUUCGUAUUGCAUCUCAUUUGGUAUUAAGAGAUGAUGUCUUCUUCAAGCUCUUCCUAUACUCCAAAACAAAUUACAAGAAAACAAUAAGAAAUAUUCAUAACAGAGAUAAUGUAGGACCAGCCAUCCAUGGACUUGGAAGAGGAUUCUUCCUAUCUGUAGUUGAUAAUGACGAUACUUGGUUCGAAAGAAAAGCUGAUCAUUUACAAACUUAUCAAGACAUGUUAAAGGUAUUUUCAGAAGCACUGCACGAAUUCGCUGUUAAAAAGAAAAAUAUAAGUGAAGCCAUAGGAUACCUAGCAAGAAGAGUCAGAGUGGUUAGCAGUUUAGAAGAAGAUCAGCAAUUUUCAAAUUUGUUGUAUAAAAUAGCGGAAGGUCAUAAAGAUUUACAAAGUGUCUAUGAGACUCAGUCAGAAAAGGAAUGCGUGAUGUUAUCUGAUGUCAUUAGAGAUUAUAUGAAGUUUACUAUUCAAGCUGUGGUAAGAUUCAAGUAAAUUCAAGCAAUUAUGUUACUGCUCUAUACUAGUUCUUUACAAUCCAUGUCAAUAAUGAAUGGACAUUGAAUAGAAUUAAUCUUUCUUCAUAUCCUUUGGUCUACUGAAUCCAUUUUUCAUUUUUCACUCUUUCUAUCUAGCAAAUAAUAAGAUGGCUUUAUUUCCAUGCCCAUCGUGGGUUAGGCCAAGCCCAUAAUGGGUGAAAGUAAAUGCUGAGA